CAAUACAGCUACCAAAUAUUUGCCAGCCGUCAGUCCAGCUCCACUAUAAAUACUUCAGCCCCAGGUGGAGGGAUGGCCAGGGGAGAGAGAGAGCCUGGGAUGCUACGCAUGGCACGGCUGCAGCAGCGAGUUACUCCCAAUUGACACAGGGCGACCGAGAUCCAAAGCAGGGGCUGAUCCCUGGCCUGGGUCAUAGGAGGGAGACUCUGCCUCCUGCUCCUGCCAGACCCUGCUGACAACGAAUGCCCCAAGCUGCUGGGUGGAAAAUGUGCCCAGCUGCACACCAGCGUGACUGCACGGCCCAGCAGCACCUGUCCGUACACAGCGAGGCAAGAUGGCUGCAGGAGUGAUCAGGAACCUGGCAGAGUUCAGGCUGCCCACUUCCUUUCAACACUCAUUCCUCCACCCCACCCCUCCCCAGGACAUGGACUUCCAAGACCUGUCAGAGGAGGAGGAGGAGGAGGAGGAGGACUACGAUGUGGAAGAGGACAGCCCUCCUUGUCACAGUCCUGGCACAGAGGGGCAGAAAGUCACAGCUGGUUGCAGCCAGAGUGACACAGAAAUGACCCUGCAGCUCCUGAAGUUCUCCGAGCUGAUCAGCUGUGACAUCCAGAGAUACUUUGGAAGGAAGGCCAAGGAUGAGGACCCCGACUCCUGCAACAUCUACGAGGACUGCUUCUCUCCCCGCCGGCUGGGGCGGGAGCGGUACUACGCAGACCUGAUGCGACUUGCCCAGAGUGGCGAGCUGGACGAUGAGGAUGCCCAGGGCCCUGUGCCACCCCCGGGGCAGCUCGACCAGCAGGUCUGGAGGUCCAUCUGUAACAAGGACGGGGCGCAGAAGCUGGGGCCAUUAGCAGAGCUCUUUGAAUACGGCUUGCGCCGCUUUCUCAAGAGGAGGGCGGCUGAUGGCAGGAAGCUGCGGCUGGAGAAGAAGUAUGCCCACAUCAUGCCCAUGCACAAGAGGAAGCUGCCACAGUCCUUCUGGAAGGAACCAUCACCCAGCCCCCUGUGCAUCCUCAACACAAACCCGCCUGACUUCAGCGACCUCCUGGCCAACUGGACCUCAGAGCCCGGGCAGGAGCUGCCCAGCGCCGGCAGGGAGCUGGCCGGGGAGCUGGCCAGGCCGGCCAUGGAAACCGAUCAGUUCAGUGUGCUGUGAGGCAGAGGAACUGGGAACCCAGCCAGUCCCUGUGCUGGACAGACGCUCCAUGCCCAUAAGGUGCUGCUGAGGAUUGGCUCUGGAUGGGAGCACCAUGCCCACCCGCAGUUCUGACUCCAGACUGAACCAAGCCCCCACACCGACACCUGGCCUAUGCACCAUGGGCCAUAGCCUGCUCUCACCCCUUAAACCAGGCAGGCUCUGAGUCCCUCCCAGCUGCAGCACCAGCCUUUGUGCCCAUCCUGUAAAACCAUCCACGUCUGUGUAUCCCGCAAGGAUGUUGGGCAGUGUCAGGCUGCAGCUGCUGCCAUCUGAUAGUUGCAUCCCCACCAUGUGCCACCCUGGUUAAUGAUAAAGCUCACUCCCUUUUUAUGAGACAGGGCUCUGAUGCCAUGGGUGGGGGUUGGGAGACACGUCACCUGGGAUUUACCAGCAACCUAGACCCGGGCUGUGGCAAUGGGGGUGUUUGAUUUUAUUUUCCUCAGAUUGCAAUGGCACUGGCUAGGGCAAAUAAACGCUUCUUUUGAGUGCGUGUGUAUCAGCAAUGCCCUCUGAUCCCACACACGAGGGGCCACGGCGCUGAGACAGAGGCCGGCCCCAAGGGCAGCUCACAGACUGGGCCAAAUCCUAGUGCCACUUAUUUCAGGCUUGGGUCCGGCUCCUUGUGCACUGUGGGCUGGAGGCCGGUGGGAUGGGGUGUGCGUCCCUGCCCCGUCGGACACACUGUACUCCGGCAGUGCUGAGCGCUCACUGCGCUGGCAGUC